AUGGAGGGCAUGCGGACCUUCCUCUUCGACAUCGACGGCGUCAUCCACAACGGCGGCACGGAGAUCCCUGGCGCCGCCCGGGCGCUCGCGGCGCUGCGGGGCUCCGGUCGGCAGGUGCUCUUCCUCACGAACAACGCCACCAAGACGCCCGAGGACGUCGUGGCACUCUUCGCCUCGUUCGGCGCCGAGGCGACGCCGGACGAGGUCAUGACCUCGGCGGUCGCCGCGGCGGACUACCUGCGCGCGGCCGGGCAGGAGGGGAGGCUCGUGGGCAAGCAGGUGUACGUGGUCGGCAUGCGCGCCCUGCAGAACAUCGUCGCCUCCGUCGGCGACGAGCUGGGCACCUUCUCCACCUUCGGCGGCGAGGACGAUGCGCCGAAGGGCAGGGCAGACGUGGUCCAGGAGUUCAACCCGUCGCUGAGUCCUCCUCCGGAGGACGUGCCCCCUCCCAGGUCGGCGCCGACUACAACUUCAACUACUACAAGCUGGCGCGGGCGGCGAACUACCUGA